AACCCUCCAAAUCCCCACACUCAUUUCCUCAACAAUCUCACUUCUGUCACAUUUCCGAAAUUCUCUUUGAAAAGUUCAUUAAAAAAUUAGCUGUAAAUGGCUGGUGGUGGAGCAUCAAAGUCGUCAAAUGGUCCAACUAGAGUAAGAAAGAGGGUGGAAGUUGAAUCUGCUACUGCUGCUAGUCUUAAACGUGCUAAAGAUGGCAGCGCUUUUGCUCGUUGUGAAGAGUGUAACAAAGAUGUACCCAUAGCAUUGAUUAAUUUCCACAGUUGUAGCCUUGAUGCAAAAAUCAAAAUGAAUUUGGAGGCUCAGGUUGUGGAAAAUGCAAGUGAAACAAAGAAGCCAGCAGCAAAGGGUAAGGAGAAAUCGACAGAACCAAAAGCUAAGAGGGAAAAGAAAGCAAAGAAUCCAAAUGCCCCCAAACGCCCUCCCACUGCUUUCUUUGUGUUCAUGGAUGAGUUUAGGCAGACAUUUAAGGCUGCAAAUCCUGAUUGCAAAAGUGUCUCCAUGGUUGCUAAGGAAGGAGGUGAGAAAUGGAAGUCACUGACUGAUGAGGAGAAAAAGCCUUAUCAGGAUAAGGCAGCAGAGCUCAAAGCAGCAUAUGAAAAGGCCUUGCAACAGUCCAACACUGAUGCUGAGAAUGCCAAUGAUGAAGUUGAGUUGCCUGAGAAGGAAGUGAAGGAAGAGGUAGAAGUAGAUGAGGAAUAGAGCUUUUGGUGUUUGAAAUUUGUAGCUAUUUUUCAGCUUUUUGAAAUGACUAGUCUUGAACUUAUGUAAAUUUUGAUCAUUGUCAACUUAGGUUUAUUAGAAGUAAUAUAUGGAAGCUUAUGUUUAAGUUCUUGCUUUCAAGCCUUUUUGGAAUUAAAUCUUAUGUCUAUUUUCUGAUGA